CAUUUACAAACUGCUACAACGAGUUUUCCUUGUUCUUAGAUUAAUGACACCAAUAGGAACAGGAUAGAUUAAAGUUGUGGUUGCUACACAAGGAGCUUGGAGCUGCAACUUACACUUAGCAUUUGGGCAGAAGACAAAAUAUUACUCUCGUAGUGGAAGUCCUACAAUAACUCCAAUAUGGCGUAUGAAGAAGGAGAGAUGAUUGAGUUCUUGACCAUUUCGAUGACGAGGAUUACAGGCACCUUGCUGCUGUCUGCUUAUAACUACAACUUAUCAAGAGCGCUUGUCUCCAGAUCAGCACUGGGAAUUAUGCUUAUUAUAUUAGCCUUGAUUUUGGCACAUAUAGGAAUUCAGAAAAAGUUCAGCCCGGAGCCCCUGGUAGUAACCUUAUGCAUGACGGUGUCGGCCCUCUGGAGCAACAGUGGCAUUGUACAUCUCUUAGUCGAUAAUAAGAUCAUUUCAGCGUCAGGACAGAUACAAGAAACUCUUUUCCCGGGUCUACUCGCCAUCUGCUGUGCCUUUCUUAUCAUAGGAUGUGUGGGAACGCUCCGAAAAAAAGGACCCUUACCGCUACUGUCUUUUGCUCUUGGCCUCGCCAACAUCCAUGUCCUUGCCCUGUACAAUGACUCAAGCCUUGGUUCCUCGGGCAUUGCUAGUAACUUCAUGAUCGUUACCGCGAUUAGUAUUUAUCUCGUGGCCGUCAGGUUUGCAAACAUGAGAGCUGGAAAGAAACCUUUGCCGGUUGGGAAAAAAGUCAGUUGUUCGAACCAUGUAUCGAGAAACCACCUUGUGAUGGCCGGAGUUUUAGCCAACAUGGUGUCCUCUAGCAUCCUCUGUGGCAAACUUUUGGGCACAGUCACCAUCUUCUUCAGUGGCCAAGCCAAUUGGAUGUUCACUUCGGCGGCGUACCAGUUAGCGGUGUCGGUUGCAUCCUUUUGGGCUAAUGACACAAUACACGCUACGUUCUUCAGCUUGUUGGCCAUGCUAAAGGUCGUAGAAGGCUAUUCCCUUAUGAGCCAGUCAAGUACAUCGGAGGAGCAGUUACUUCCUCCCUCCUACAUGGCUGUGUUUGCUGUCCUUUUCUUGGCUUUAUCUUUCAUGAUGUGCCUUCAAAAUAUCUGCAUUGGCUUAUACACGCUCCUCUUUGCUGUUUAUUGUGCUUCUUUAACUCUUCCCACCGGCAUUAACCACAACGCACCGCAGUCGGUCAAUCUACUUAUCUUUUUCGCUUCAACGAUCUACAUGUGUCUUAGACUCUAUCUGUCAAAGACAGAUUUCAAAGUCCCGGAGGGUAAAGGGUUGGAAGGGAUAAUCAAUUCCUGUUUUCAAGGCAUGAAAGUCAAGCCAAGAAUAGUUAGGCGGCACCCGUAUUCCUCUACCUUGAAUACUCGAGACGUAGAUGCCAUUGGCCACGCGUUUAACACCCUGGCAACGUUCGCCAUGACGGUACAAACCCAAGGCACCUUUAUUCUGGUCAUAGCAAGUGGAAGCAUGGUGCAUAUAGCGGGUCUGAUGUCGCUGUACACUGGAAAAGCGGCGGAGAGCAGCGCCUUUGUUUUUUACGGAGUGCUGUGGGUAACGUGGGGCUUUACAAAGUACGUAGCGUCCCGCGUGCCAGUGAGACCAUUUUAUAUCGCCCUGGGAAUUAUUUGUUUUUUAGUCUUCAAUGGAUUUUUUACCGUGUGCAUGACUGCGCUGAGCAAAGCCUGGUUUCUAAAUUCACUUCUGCUGGAGGUUCUGCUUGUUUUCAGUUUAUUGAACACCCUGGAUGUUGUGCCCAGUCAAUGUGUGGUUGGUUUUAGCAUAUUGUUUGGUGUUGUGAGCUUUUAUUGCUUUUUAGCUUCUCUCCUUAAUGGAACUUUGGUGGCACCACAUCUGCCAUGGGGGGAGCCAUUCCUAAAACCCGGACUGCCUCAGGAUAGCUGUACCGUGUGCCCACUUCCUGCAAAGAAAGUCACAUCCAUUAAGAAAAUAGCGGAAGUGAUGAAGACCGGGGGGAUUUGCGUCAUUCCUGUAGAUCUAGGUUACGCCGUUGUGUCGUCCUGUUAUUUCUCAGACUCUGUGCAGAAGUUGUCUCAACUAGAAAUCGAAACCGAGGACAAUGAGAUAUCGAUUUUCAUUAGCAGCUUUGUACAUCUCCAAGAAAAAUCUGUCCUCAGCAGGAGGGUCCAGGGUCUGAUCCAAGGUCUCUGGCCAAAUCCUGUCGCCUUUGUACUUCCUAAAAGAGGAAACUGGCUGGACAGCCUUGGAGUUGCAGACUGCUCUUCACUACUGGGGUCCCCGAGGAGUGUAACAUUAUAUAUAUCUGACUAUGAAGUUACUACACAGAUCAUCAAUAUUGUGGGUCCUAUUGCUGUCCGUUCAUUGGGAAAAAAGACACACGGGUCACAAAUGAUACCGGACCUUAGCAUUCCAAAAUUUCCAGCAAAGGUUGAUGGAAUCCUUCUUGAUGAGAUACGGAAGAACGACUAUAAAUUCACCAUCGUGGACUGCAUGGAUCUAGAGAAAGGGACUGUAAACAUUAUUGAAGAGGGAUCUGUACCUAUAACUCAGGUCACGGAUGUGCUGCACACUGUCAUUACAAGAGAAGAAAAUUACAUCAGCGCUUCGUAUUCGGUCCGCUUAUGAGCGGCCAUUAUGCCGGAGAUCGUUAUUGGGUCGCCUGUCAGCGGACGGCUUAAUGGAGAUGAAGACUUCUUAAGUGACACUAAUUAAAUGGACAUCCAUUUCCUCUUAUCGGCGACAUGGAGAAGUGGAACGCAUCGACAUUUCCUUUUUAAAUCUAUUUAUGACCAAAUCAGCUCAUGUUUUAUUUAUUAUUAUUUUUAAUUAAAA